AUGCGGCCCGAAAUCAUGGACCACAAGUGGAACUCGAACGAGCUUGAGUCCCUCGAUGUCGGCACUACCAAGCACCGCAUUCCAGAUCUGAUCAGCGAUAAAAUAGCGCUGUGGUUUGUCAAAAACGCACGCAAGCCCACCGACAUCUUCUUCCGCAACAAGUACCUGCACCGCUCGGUCAUGCUCGAGGUCGUCGCUGCUGUGCCUGGCAUGGUUGGCGCCUUGAUUCGCCACAUCAAGUCGCUGCAGGGCAUGCGGCACGACGGCGGGUGGAUUGGCCAUCUGCUGCAUGAAGCCGAGAACGAGCGCAUGCACCUGAUGACAUGGAUGGAGGUCGGCAAGCCUGUGCUCUGGGAGCGCGCCUUGAUUGCCACGGUCCAGACCGGCUUCUUUGCGGUCUUCUCUCUGCUCUACAUGGUCAGCCCCCGCACUGCGCACCGCGUCGUGGGAUAUUUGGAGGAGGAGGCUGUCACCUCGUACACACACUUUAUCAACGAAAUUGAUGCGGGCCGGAUCGAGAACGUGCAAGCGCCCGAGGUCGCCAUUGCGUACUGGAACCUGAGGCCCGAUGCCAGGCUGCGCGAUGUGGUCCUGGCUGUGCGCGCUGAUGAGGCCCUGCACAGAGACACAAACCACCACUUCAGCGACCGCAUCCUUGCCAAGCGCGAGAGCCUGUUUGACGACUUUGACCAGCCGCAUAUCAAAAAUUAG